AUGAACAAAAUAGCUUCAAUAAAACCCAGGAAGGUCAAUGAACUUGAGACACAAAUACGGGGAUUCCAAGCUGCCAACUUGAAAUUAAGCGACGAGAAGCAACAUCUCGAGGAGAAGAUCCAGGGUUUAGCUGGCAGUCUAAGGGAAAGUGAGGGGCAAGUCAAAGCCCUCCAUAAGAUCAUAAUUAACAGCGGGCUGGAAUCUCCCGGCCCUCUAGAUGAUGAUGUGGUCUUGUCAUUUGAUCAGCUAUUCUUCCGUAUCCGGCAGUUCGUAGGAAAAUACUGCCGCGGAUGUGAGCUAAGAGAUGGGGCAUACCAGAGGCUUUCUCUUGCUAAUAAAAAUCUAUGGUUGACGGCGACAAUCGCAGACCGGUUAUACAGCCAGCUGUUCCUUCCCAAUGUUUCGUUAUUCGGGUUUACUGCAGAAUGGGACUCCUGCCUGGGACAUCUUGAAGAGGAACUGUCUCAUGGUCGCAAUGUUCCUGCUGCAGACAUUCGCAAGUGGCGAGCUUCAACUCUGAAACUCGCACAGCUACACGAUCCUGAACUCAAUUAUGCCUGUACAGCCCUGGACGAAAUGUGCGGCAAUAUCUCUUCUGAAAUCUUUCAAGAUGAAUGGCGAAAUGAAGACAAUCCUGAUACCCGCUAUCAAGAAAUUCAAGCUGCAAUGGCUGACAUAUGUAAACAAGCAUAUCGCCUUGCCUUUCUGCUUCGUCAAAGCAAAGUCGAUUAUACGUGGCUACAGGCAAAGGAUCCAGGGAGCCUGACUACAGACGAGACAGAGGUUGUGGGCUCUGAAGGUGGCAAGGGACUUGAGACAUCGGCUAAAAUAAUCUUUGGGGGAGUCCUCAAGGGCCCUGGACCAUAUUUGGCCUUGAAAUGGCAGCUAAUAGUUUAUGUAAAUGACUUACUACUAGGUCGAUGCGAGAGAGAUGGACCCUCUCCAACUUCCAGGCCCCAGCUAUAUAAUUUAGAGAAUCUCGAUACCUUAAACUGA